AUGGGCCGCGACGUGUCCUUCUUGGCGGGCGGCCUGCCCUUCGGGGACCAGCCGCUUCCAAGGGCCAAGAGCUACACGAUCCGCGUGACCCUGCUGGACUUUAACCCCGGGCCCGAUGCCGCCUCCUUCGACGAGGAGGAUCGUCUCACCUUUGCGCUUCGGCGAAAGGCUGAAGCCAACCGCCUCUUCAAAGAGGCCCGCUUCAGAUUGUCCAGGCGCAGGUAUCGAGACAUCACAGAGCUCUUUCACCAUUUGGACCGACCCAAAGUGAAGGCCUGCGGUGUGACGGGCGCUGGAUGGAACAAGAUUAGCCCCGAGGUACUGCCCUGCAAAUGA